AUGUUUAGUUCAACAAUGACUUUUUUUUAUAUUUCAUUAGACAAAGUCAAACCAAUUGAGUUAAACGAAGAAGCUAGUGUUGACACACAAAGUGUAUCAAAUACUCGUCUUGCUCACUUUGAAGAUUUCAAUAACGAGGUGAUUAUUGGUUUUGUGCUCAAAUUGGAUGUGAUAGAUCAAGAACAUCCGUCAUCACCACUUUUCCUUAUGAUAUCACCUACAUACCAACAUGUUUUACAAACAGAAGAUGAAGCAAGAAAAAUCACAUAUCGAACUGCUGUGGUACCGUAUCGUAUUGCUGCUGAUGGUCAUGACAUGUUUAUUGUAUCGGAUCGUCUUCAAGAUAUGGUAGGAAAAGUUCAAAUGAAACUAACCGGUAUAAUAUUAGAUACAGAAUUGAAACUUGAUAUAAGAAAAUUAGAAAGUCUUGGUUUAUCAUCACAAGAAGAACUUGUUCCAUGA